UGGGUGAGGGUGAGGGAUAUUGAUGAUAUUGAUAUGGCUAGCCAGUUGGUUUCCUUACAUUCCACGUUUAUAUCUCCUGAGAAAAACAACAAUUCAGGGAUUUCUGUUCCGAGGAACACCUGUCUGUCUUCAUAACUAAUCUCAAUCUUUCUGUUAAGAGAUCCCUCCCCUCGCCCUUUCUAUCUAAUCACCAACAAAUUAAACCUAGCCACUCUUACAUAUAUAUAUAUAUAUAUAAUAUAUAUAUAUCUCUGAAUUGCUCCAGAUCAGUGCAGGAUUCUCAUCAGUUUCCCUCUAAUUCGGAUUCUUGUCUCAGCCUGUCGGGAUCAUAUCAUAUAUAUAAAAAUUAUAAUUUCAGACAGCAGCAGCAGCAGCAGCAGCAGGAGGGUGGGGUUUUAAUUGAUUGAUGGAAGAAUUACUAGUACAGAUGGAGGGUUUUGAUGAGGCGGCAAGUGCAAUAGAAUUGCCGCCAGGGUUUCGGUUCCACCCGACCGACGAGGAGCUCAUAACUCAUUACUUGUGUCCGAAAGUGGCUGACAGGGCCUUCACCUGCACCGCCAUUGGAGAGGUCGACCUCAACAGGGUUGAGCCCUGGGAUUUACCAUGGAAGGCGAAGAUGGGCGAAAAGGAAUGGUAUUUUUUCUGCGUUCGGGACCGGAAGUACCCGACGGGGUCCCGGACGAACAGGGCGACGGUGGCCGGAUACUGGAAGGCCACUGGAAAGGAUAAAGAGAUUUUCCAGGGAAAGGCCCUGGUGGGGAUGAAGAAGACCCUGGUUUUCUACAGGGGUCGGGCCCCCACUGGGAUCAAGACUAAUUGGGUCAUGCACGAGUACAGAUCCCUCCCCAAUACCAAACUUGUCCCCGAUUCUGCCAAGAAAGAAUGGGUUAUUUGCCGAGUGUUCAACAAGAGCUCGGCAGGGAAGAAGGUCCAUAUCUCGGGGCUACAGGCCAGCACGACAACAAUCGAUGAUUCGUCAGCUGCCUUGCCUUCACUGAUGGAAUCAUCGCCUGUCGCUAAUGGAUCACUGUCCAGGGCCCUGGAUGACCACACUGAUGUCCCGGCUUCGAUCCAGGGCUCGGUUCAUAUGUCGGAUCAAUCAUUCUUACACCGUCUUCUCGCGAAUGAUCGCGGGGCCAUGGAGUUCUUACAGGACAUCCCCUCUACCUGUAAUGAAGUUGGAUUCAAGCAUUUCCACCAAGAUAUUGAUGUUGAGUUCCCUGUGGUUUCUGCAGCUCCCAUCGACCUCGAUUGUCUCUGGAAUUACUGAACGAUUUUAGGAGGAUGGAUUCAUGUUUAUUGUCUUCUGUAACAUGUAGAAAGAAGCAGAAAGUAAUUACAUGCGUAAAGGUAAAAUUGAAUGAAUUAAUGGAUGAUACACACAUUCCAUGUUUAGGUAAAAUUAGCUUCUGAUAAUGUCUUAGUUGUUACAAUUAUUGUUACCAUGAAAAUUUGUAGUUUAAUUUGAGGUGUCGGUCUUUCUUGAUGUAUUUGUACAAUGUAGGUUUGUGUGCUAUUUAAUUUGUUACAAGGUUUAAUUGUACUGGUUAUGGAGUGAAAUGAAAUUCAUACAACCGAUUCAAA